AUGUCUUUUGGACUCACUAAUGCCCCCGCGACAUUCAUGGACCUCAYGAACCGGGUUUUUAAGGAGUUUUUGGACCUGUUCGUGAUUGUGUUCAUCGAUCACAUCCUGAUCUACUCCAAGACAGCAGAGCAGCACGAAGAGCAUCUGCGACAGGUCCUUAUUUCCUUGAGGGGAAACAGUCUGUACGCGAAGUUCUCAAAGUGCGAGUUUUGGUUGGAUACGGUGGCCUUCCUUGGCCACAUAGUCACUAGGGAGGGCAUUGCCAUGGACCCAGCCAAGGUAGAAGCGGUUAGUGCGGCGCCCUUGACGCAAUUGACCCGUAAAAAUGCCGUUUUCGCAUGGAGCGACGAGUGUAAGGAGAGUUUCCAGGGGCUAAAGGAGCGACUGGUCACGGCCCCAGUGCUAACAGUACCCGAUGGGACUGGAGGUUUAGUGGUGUAUAGUGACGCUUCCAGGAGAGGGUUGGGUUGCGUUCUAAUGCAGCAUGGGAAAGUCAUUGUCUAUGCCUCGCGACAAUUAAAGAAAGAACUUAACCAAAGACAAAGGCGAUGGCUAGAACUGGUAAAGGACUAUGACUGUGAGAUCAAUUACCAUCCCGGGAAGGCGAGCGUGGUGGCCGAUGCACUUAGUAGAAGAGAGACGAGUGUAGCACCCCCGAUCGUGCAUCAUAGGCCGGUAUUGGAUGAGUUGGACCGUGCGGAGGUGGAGUUAGCAGUGGAGGACGUGGCGGUGGUGUUAGCUCGACUCUCAGUUGAACCCACUCUAAGACAGCGAAUCAUCGCUGCACAAAAGGGGGAUCCCAGCUUGAUCAGAGAGUUCGGUAUGGAAGGACUUACUAAUCGAGGCUCACAACACUCCAUUCUCAGUGCAUCCUUGCCACCGUCGUUGGAGGCAGUGCAUAAUGUGUUCCAUGUGUCUAUGCUGAGGAAGUAUGUCCAUGACCCUUCGCAUGUUUUGGAUUUCGAACCACUGCAGUUAGAUGAAACCUUGGGCUAUAGAGACGUACCCAUUGAGAUCUUAGCAAAAGAGACCAAGGUGUUGAGGAACUGGUCGAUUGACUUGGUAAAGGUUUGGUGGAGGAACCACCAAGUGGAGGAGGGUACCUGGGAAAGGGAGGACGAGAUCAAAGCUCGCUACCCUGAAUUGUUCGAUCAACGAACUUUCGAGGACGAAAGUUUUUUAAGGGGGGAAGUCUGUAAUGCCCCGCAUUACUCAGAUCUUUUGAACUACUGUAGUAAUUGUUGUGAGUCAUUGGUUUUAUGUAUGUAUUUAAUGGUUCUUGACUGUGAGUGUGUUGUCGUGGUACUUGCCUGGGUCGUUCGGCCGAUUGCUUAA